GAGCAGCGCGGGGCGCCCCGGUCUUGGGCCUGGGUGCUGCUGGGCCGGGGCCUCCAGCCCGGCGCGGGUUCCGCAGGGCCGGGCAGGCGGAGGCAGAGCCGGUCUGGAGCCCGGCGGAGCUGCUGCCUCGUGUAACGCUUUGCAGUGCCACCAGCCCGGGCCUGAGCGCCUCUCUGCAGCCAGGUGGUCCGUUUACUCUGUCAUCCCGGUUAACACCCGGCCCAGGGCUCGGAUGGCACCGCCAUGCUGUGUAACAGGGGCUUUGGCUCCUUGAGUUUACACAAAAUAGCUGCUCGCAGACUCGUAGGACUCGGGGAAUCACACUGGUGUUUUUCUUGCUCGCUAUUGGAGGCUGUUCUCCCUCCCCACCCCGCGGAGAACCGAUCAUUCCUUUUCCUGCCUGGUCACGGUAAAAAUCACAAAGAUGCUGCCUCAGUCCGGGCUACACACCCCAUCCCUGCAGCCUGUGGCAUUUAUUAUUUUGAGGUGAAGAUUGUCAGUAAAGGUAGAGAUGGGUACAUGGGAAUAGGACUUUCUGCUCAAGGGGUCAACAUGAACAGGCUUCCUGGGUGGGAUAAACAUUCUUAUGGGUACCAUGGUGACGACGGACACUCCUUCUGUUCUUCGGGGACAGGACAGCCCUAUGGCCCUACGUUCACCACUGGAGAUGUCAUCGGCUGCUGUGUCAACCUUAUCAACAAUACCUGCUUUUACACAAAAAAUGGCCACAGUUUAGGUAUAGCCUUUACAGACCUCCCUUCAAAUCUCUACCCUACAGUGGGUCUCCAGACUCCAGGAGAGAUAGUCGAUGCCAACUUUGGGCAGCAGCCAUUUGUGUUCGACAUUGAGGACUACAUGAGGGAGUGGCGAGCGAAGAUUCAGAGCACCAUUAAGCGGUUUCCCAUAGGAGACAGACUAGGCGAGUGGCAAGCCAUGCUGCAGAAUAUGGUUUCAUCAUAUUUGGUUCAUCAUGGGUACUGUUCAACAGCGACUGCCUUUGCCAGAGUCACAGACACCACAAUCCAGGAAGAACAGACCUCAAUAAAGAACAGACAAAGAAUACAGAAGCUUGUGUUAGCAGGCAGAGUGGGAGAGGCUAUAGAAGCCACACAGCAGCUCUAUCCUGGCCUCCUAGAACAUAACCCCAACCUGCUCUUCAUGUUAAAGUGUCGGCAGUUUGUGGAGAUGGUGAAUGGGACAGACAGUGAAGUACGUUGUUUCAGUGCCCGCAGCCCCAGAUCCCAGGACAGUUACCCCGGCUCCCCCAGCUUAAGUCCUAGACAUGGAUCAAGCAACUCACACGUUCAUAGUACCGGGGCAGAUAGUCCAACCUGUAGCAAUGGAGUCAUGUCCACAAAAAGCAAACAGAGUCACAGUAAAUACCCAACACUGAGUUCAUCGUCUUCAUCUUCCUCCUCCUCCUCCCCCUCAUCUGUGAACUACUCUGAGUCCAAUUCUACAGAUUCUACCAAAUCUCAGCAGCACAGUAGUACGAGUAACCAAGAAACCAGUGACAGUGAGAUGGAAAUGGAGGCUGAGCAUUACCCCAAUGGAGUCCUGGAAAAUUCAUCCACCAGGAUAAUGAAUGGCACCUACAAACAUGAAGAGAUCCUGCAGACGGAUGAGUCCAGCAUGGAAGACAGCUGCCCCCAGAGGCAGCUCUGUGGAGGGAACCACGCUGCCACGGAGCGAAUGAUCCAGUUUGGCCGGGAGCUGCAGAUGCUGAGCGAGCAGCUUUGCAGAGAGUAUGGGAAGAACACAAUGCACAAAAAAAUGCUUCAGGAUGCAUUUAGCUUGUUAGCCUACUCAGACCCUUGGAACUGCCCCGUUGGUCAACAGCUGGACCCGAUCCAGAGGGAACCUGUGUGUGCUGCUCUUAAUAGUGCUAUAUUGGAAUCUCAGAACCUGCCAAAGCAGCCCCCGCUGAUGCUUGCCCUGGGCCAGGCCUCAGAGUGUUUGCGGCUCAUGGCUCGCGUGGGCUUGGGCUCCUGCUCCUUUGCCAGAGUAGACGACUAUUUGCACUAGCCACCAGAGCAAGAUGGAGCUGACAUCGUUGAGUGCUGCCCUUCACCCUCCGUUGCUGCCACUCGACACCACCACCUCGUUCGAUAGCCUGACCUCCCUGCCACCAACACCCCCUCUAGCACGCACACACGCUGCCUGUGACAGGAUUGAGUGCGUCCCUCACCGCGUGGCUAUUCCUGACCCCAGGAACGACCGGCAGAUCUUACCUGUCUCCUUGCCAUUGCUGCGGCUCCAGCGGCACUCAGUAUUUCGCUGGUUAUUCUAAUGUAGCGCUUUCCGAUGUAGGGAUUUCUCUUUAUUUUGAUUUGAGUUGUUUCUCAUGGAUCCAACAGUAUUUUAUCUGGAGAGUUUUGCUGAGCUGGUUUCUGCUGAUUUACUGAGGAAUCUCAUCAAGCUGGUGACAACUUGUUCUUUUUUCCCCUUCUCCCUCCAUCGUGCACAUACAGCAUCAUCUUCUGUGCUAGUUAUCUGAACUCUUCUCGCAGUGGCAGUUCAGAGGGAUUUUUUUUUAAUUUUAUUUGAAUCCUGUUUAUUAAAAAGGUCUCUUCCACCUCCACAACGUCACUGAUGUAUUUAUUGCCCACAGACUCGAUCCCAGCCACACACAUCAUACAGCCCUGCAGGAGACCUGGUGAGGUAGGUCCUGUCACACAUGAGUGAUGGGAAUUGGAGGAGCUUGGUCCUUCAUGGUGCACACCUCUCAAAGAGCACGAGGCUCCCAAAUGCUUGUCUUUGUGAGUGGGAAGAGUAGAAGACUUGAUGUUGCCUAUGUUAGUGGCUACACUGCAGAAGCGUCUCACAGCCCUGAGAAACAGGUAGAUCCAGCUCUCACAGCAGCUGGUGGGACAGGAGUGGCAAAUUUGAAGUCAUCUACCACUGUGCUGGUAGGAGCCGGUCACGUCAGCCUGCAAGAAACAUCCGUGGGUGCUGCCCGGUUGGGCUGUCGGUUUUUGUGUUAAAUCACAAAUCCUUCUUUUUCUCCGUAUAGGAGCACUCUGUCACUAAGAAUAAUAAUAGUAUUUACUGACCCCUCCACGUAACACUGAUCUAAACAAGCACUUCAAAAUUUUGGAAGUGUCUUGAGAACACUCGUGUGAGCUGUGCUCACCCCUGCAGGUGACCCAUGCCAAGAUCAGGUUGAGGGUUGGGGUCAGUACCAGGUUUUUAAGAUCUGAGCUGCUCAGAAGGGAGCAGUAAUGUUUCUUUGCAGAUUACUGAGAAAAUUAUUUUAGUUUCAGGCCCAAAAGUGACCAGCAGGGAUCUGUGGAUGAGUAACCUCCAAGUAACAUGGACUAAUACGUCCCUCCUGCAGUAUGUAUCAGGCCCAGGGACUUAAGUGCUAAGAAGCUUUUGGCAUUCAAACCUUCCGCCUGUGUUUCUGAGCGUGUACCUGUAACCACUGAGGCUGUGCCGCAGGACCACGUCCUUUCCAUCCUCUGAUGUACUGCUGCGAGACUUCAGGUUCAGUCUGGCUGCACAGGAGGAAUUGUAAUUCUGCACUAAAUUUAUUUUAGGUUAGUAGCUCUCAGAAGGGCCCAGGGAAGCUCAGACACAACAUGUAUUUUACUGCUGUUCAUUCAUUUUUUUUGAAGAGUCAGUGAAAGAGGAAUGGAUUGUGUUGAAGUUUGCCUUUAAAAUGGAGGUUAGCCUGUGCCAGGGCUUCAGGCAGCAAGGGAGCUUGUGUGCCACUGGAGAAAAGAAGAUGCUGUGUGUCUUCUGUGCAGUCGGCCAGAGCUUCGGGAUUUUCUGCAUUUGCAGCUGGAUUUUCAGCUGGAACAUGAGGUCUGAAAUCAAGGCAGAGCAGGGGCAGGUGUCACCAUGGUGGUGAAUGUGCAGGUGCUGUUGGAGGUGGUUGGGAAUGCCUCUUGCUGUCUUUUGGUGAAGGUUUUGCAGCAGUGCUGGAGCCGUGCUGGGCUAAGAAAACAGGCAAAAUGAGGUUUAGAGAUGGAGGAGGUAUUUUUACUGGAUCAACUCUCAUAGCUGAAAAAAGGCAGAGGGAGCUCUGCCUGCUGAAGCUGUUCUGGGCAGACAGGCACAGGGAACUGCACCAAGCAGAAGAAUUUAACUUGUGAAUCUGGGUCUUAUGUUUCAAUUGUGAGGAACAACUCAUGCGCCUGAAAGCUCAUCUGUUGAUUUUCAGCUCUGCUCAUUGUCCUAGUGAUGGGCAUUACCCUAGCCCACAGUUUUUACCUCGCUGCAGUCACAGAGAUGCUUUUGUUGAGCAGGAUUCUUCUGUGGAGCCUCUGCUGCUGGACCUGCCAGGCUGCCCCAGUGCUGCUGCUGCACCGGAGGCAGCACACGAACUCGAGCUGGCGAGGUGGCUUUCUGCAGGCUCGCCAUUCCUUAGACCAAGGCUUAGGGCUGAUUGUGGCUGCUUGGGUUGGGAAUAAUCUAAUACCUGGUGUUGCCUUUCACAUUCAGUGACUUCUUUGGCUGUUGGUCACUUGCUGCUGUCUGGCUGCAGUCAGACCUCUCCUUUGUAGCAACACCGGCUUUAUCUCUGAGUUUUCUUUGUUCCUUCUCUGUGAUGAUUUAAGACAAGUCUAUCAUGUAUCAUAUUAAUGCCCCAUGUGGUCUCUCAGCACAGCUCUACUGACUAUCCUAGAGCAUUUUUUUGUUUUGGUUUCCCUUUCACUACCAAGAAACAAGAAAUGCUCCUAGAUACCUGCUUAUUCUGCUGACAAGAAAUGUGUGAUGGGAUGAUCUGUCUGUCUUCUCAUGGAGAACCCUCCCCGUGGUGGCAGCUGUCUUGCUGUUAUGUCCUGGUUAGUGCUGAGAGGCCACACUCUUAAUGAGGAUUAAUUGCAUGUGGCAGGGCUGCGUCACUCUUCCCGCUGCUGACGAUGUGCAGCACGCAGUGGCAGUAGAUCCCUGUACACAAGCAGCAGUGGUGCACUCAAAGCAAUACUGCUGGGUUGAGCCGUUUUCCCUUUCCACUUGACCCAGUUCUCGACUGGCCUCACAGCUGUAACCUGCACCCAUCGCUGCUCUGGCUUCUCACAAGCUCUUGGACCUGGUGUCCUGAUUCUGGUGUGUGGGGGAGGGCAAAGGCUUUUCUGCUGUGACUUAUCCAUCCCAUACCUGUUGCUUUUUGGUUUGGUUUGGUUUUAUUUCAAGCAUUCUUGUGGUUUCGCUACUGCCUUCUGUGUGUUGUGUUCAGAUUCUGACCAACGUGGUCAUGACUCAGCGUGGGGAAGAGAAAUGUGUUUGCGGUGUGUGAUUCCUAGAUGAGAUUUCUGAUUUGGAUUUCCCAGGUUAUUUUUCAAAGCCUCUUGAAGUGUCCCUGGCUGCUCCUUGGUGGUUUGUGUCAGUUGAGACUUGGUUUGAAUUAUUGUGGUCAUUUGACAAAGUGAACAGAACUGAACCGAGGUCUUUGAAUGUGGUUGUACACCUAACCACAGGCUUCAUGCAAUUUAAAAAUUACUUUUAUAGAAGUAAUUUGGGUUUUUUUUAUUCCAGAUACCUCCCACUUUGCUCAGAAACAGAUAAUCUAAGAACACUGCAGCUGAGGCUCUGCUCCACCUGGGCAGUCCCUCACAGUGUCAGUUCUCCCACCAGCGUGCCGGUGAAGCCAGGUAGAUGUUUGUGUAACCCGUAGCAGAAACUGCUGGCUUCCCAAUUCUCGGUGAGGGUGUCAGGGUAUCAGCUGUGGCCCAGCAUUACAACGCUGAUGACAAUGGACAGAGGACUUCCCUCACGUGAGGCUGAAACAUCACCAGACUUGUCUCCCGUGGACGAGGGUUUGUGCUGCCCACAGUGGUACACAGUUCUGCACACCUGGGAUUUUCCCAUCUGCUUCCUUAUGAUUUGGGGUUUUUUUAACAGUGACAUCUCUACCUGUCCUCAACUUGUGUCCUUAUUUUUCAUGUAGUCUUAUCAAGGCACCUUUACCGUUCUUUAAAUAGCUUUGUUCUUGAGGCUUCCUUGAACAACUAGAACAAGUAGAGCUGGUAUAACUAGCUCUGGGGAUCGAAUUUAUCAUUUUCUUCCUUAGCAUCAGGCAUGAUGAACCAUCUCCUCCAGCAAAGCAAACCUUGUUGGAUUGCGGUGAUGCUGCUGUGCUGUGGUACCUCAAUACUCGUGUAGCACGUGUGGUUCAGAUGCUGGUUUCAGAGUUCCUCCUGCCAUCAUGGGGCUGAUGGAGAAGGUGAACUGUGACAGCCAGGCUAUGUAGCAGCGUGUAAGUGCCAUGAAGCUGUGCAGUACACAGCACGGCAUCAGGAAGUUCUGUCCACAGAGGGCAGCAGGCAGGGAGGUCCAUCAGGCUUCAGUCCUGUGCACAGUGAGGCCCCGCGAAGCUGGUCACAACAUGGGAGAAGGGACAUGUUCCUUGGCAAGGUGGUCCUGGUCCACCCAGGAGUCCCCUUUGCAGAAGGAGCAGCUUCCUUCAAACCAUGCCUGUGUUAGAGCAGCCGAGUGGUGGAUCCAGAGGGGAGCAGGUCUCUUGUAGAGAGCUCGUGUGGGGACUCCAGCUGUACACAUCUGUCCUGAGAUGUUUCUGCAAAAGGGCUGGGGGGAAACAUAACGGGACAUAUGCUGUGAGCUGCUGGGACCGUUCUGCUGUCCCAGAACAAUGAGUGAUGGAGGGAGCUGCAAUCCAGCAGCUCUUACCCCAAUCCAAAAGUUGGCUGUGAGCCAUGUCCCGUGAGGUCAGAGAGCUGGAGGAACUGUCAGUGGGGUGAGCAUGGGGGGAGCCACACCAGAUUUGGGGAUGAAAGGGGAGCAGUUGAGGGCCUGGAGGCUUCUUCCAGAGGAAGCACUAGCUGCUUUCCACCAGCCUGCCAUGCAGCAAGAGGUGGCAGGUGAUGGAUGAGUGAACGUGGUGUGUCUGUGCCACACCAGAGCUCAGAGCCUACAGCCUUGAGCUGCAGCAGUGCCCAGCAAGCCCAGGCUUGAGGAGCACAUAUCCCACCAGCUGUUCUAUUUCCAAGAGGGAGGCUUAACUCCCUCCUGCAGGCAGGAAGCCGAGUCCUGUGUGAGAUUUACACUCAGAGAAACAUUCCUGGAGGCCACACAGACCUCUGCUCUUUGUUGAACCUUCCCCAGCCAGGCAGACGCCUUUUCUCUGGUCACCCCACUUGGGUCCAGGCACAGGCUCUGCCCCCUUUGCUCAGCCGGGCUUUAGCUGCAUCCUCCCUCUGGGUGGGAGCACAGGCGAUUUGGCAGGCAGGGCUCCUCAUCAGCUCAAACUUGGAGAAAGGAAGAACAGUAACUCUGGGAAUAAUCAGGAUUUUAAAGAAAAUUUCAAAACUACAAAUGUGGCGACUCUUCCAGACCAAGGACUCUGCGCAGGCGUUUGAUUGGGAUUUUUCUCUCUUGGUCCCACGUGUGCACGCUCUUCGCGGCUCUCCAGCCUGGGGAGGCAGGAGGAGGCUGCCGGCACCUGAAGCUCUUGCACGCAACCUGUUCAGCGGUGCAAGCCCCAGGACCUGCCCAACACACAGUGAACUCUCUUCUGCUGGUUGCUCAAAACUCAGGUAUGAAAUGCUCAGCUGGGGUGCUGGAGCAUGGGGUGCGAGGUCUUUGCAGGUUUCCAGCCAGCCCUGGAGCAGCAGCCACCACUGGCCUGCGACAGAGCAGGUCUCCCUGCACCGCUCCAGGCGUCUCAUCGCCUUUGGAGGGGGGUUUUCUCCUCUUUGGUACAACAUCAGCUCAAUGGACAUUACACAAAUUGUGCACAUUGGUUCAGUCUAAGCUUAGUAUUUGUGAAUUAAGUUAUCUGAUGCUUCGCAUGAAAACUUCAAAAAGGGGAGGGUGGGGGAUUUUAACUGAGAAAAAGCCUAUGAAAAUAUACUGGAAAUAUGGUAAAGAAAUCAACGUUCUGCUGUAUAUUGACAGAAUUAUUUUUAUUAAAAUACACAUCCAUGUGCAAGA